UUUUGUAAAAGAAACAAAUUAUGACUAACAUAGUUCUUAUCGAAAACAACAAAAGCUGAUCGAUUGCUAAGACUAUUUAGUCCUCGAAUAUUUAUUAUUGUAAUGAACAAAACAAAAGAAUAGAUACAUAAAACUGUGCAGAAGUUCAUGAUUUAUCUUUCUAUUUUAUUGAAAGUGAGGUCGAACAGAGUGGUAGAUAUACGAUCUUAUCUGGUGGUCUCCUUUUCAGGCUUGGUACCAAACUUACGCACUUUAUCCAGCAUCCAAAACAGUCAUUGAAUCCAUAAUAUUCUUAUGUCAAUAAAUAAUAGAAUUAAAAAGUUUAAUAUAGUGCAAGUUUUUAAAACUUGUAAUAUUCUAGGAAAAUACAUAAAAAAAAAUGUUUCUUGUUUUUUUUUUAGGAGAUUUAAUUAAUCUAAAAAGGCUUUAUCUCGAAUCAAAUUUUCUUAAAAAUUUGCCAUAUGAAUUAGGCAAACUCAACAUUGAAGAUCUUGGUUUAAACAAUAAUCCACUUGGUGAUCAUAUCUUAAGUUUAUUUGCUCGACCUAAUGGUACACGUGAAGUAAUGAAUUAUUUACGUGAAAAAUGGAAUUUACUUUGUUCUUUUUCAAAAAUGUCUUCAUAUAAAAUGCCAUUAUCUUGGGAUAAUACAGAAAUAGAUCCGAAUGAAAAUAAUUCUAAUAUUUGA